AUGUACCGCUCCAUUGCAAGGUUGGCGCUGCAGCAUCAGCGGUGUUUAGUUCGGCAUAUAAACUCUGCGGCUAGAAAGAGGAGAUCUCUCCCUAGUGCUUUCCCGGUGUUAGACCUUCCCCUCCAAGCCAUCCACCAGCAUGUUUAUGAAGCUAACCAUCGCAACAGCAAAACCUGUCACAACAAGUACAUAGAGCUGAAUAAGAAGGUGACUAAAGGAGGGGGUGACAAUGCCAUUGCCAGACACACUCAGAGGAACAGAAAGUUGUUGGUUCAGGAUCGACUGCGCCUACUAUUGGACGAUGAAGACUUCAUAGAGCUGUCACGCUUUGCGGGUUUGGGUCUACCAUAUGGAGAUAUUCCAUCAGCCGGCUGCCUGACGGGUAUCGGCAGAAUUAAUGGCCUGUGGUGUGUGUUCAUUGCCAAUGAUGCCACAGUCAAGGGUGGCACAGCUUACCCAAUCACAGUUAAGAAGCAGCUGCGAGCACAAGAGGUGGCAAUUCAGAACCGCCUGCCUUGUGUCUAUCUGGUUGACUCUGGAGGAGCGUUUCUGCCACUGCAGUCAGAGAUCUUUCCUGACAAGAACCAGGGGGGGAGAACAUUCUAUAAUGAAGCCAUAAUGUCUGCAAUGAAAAUUCCACAGGUAUCGGUGGUGUGCGGUUCCUGCACAGCGGGCGGAGCUUACAUCCCCACCAUGGCAGAGGAGGCAGUUAUGGUGCACCGUAUCGGAACCAUGUUCCUGGGAGGACCACCACUAGUCAAGGCUGCCACAGGAGAGGAAGUCACACCAGAGGACCUUGGAGGAGCCAGGCUUCAUGCUGAGGUGAGUGGCUGUGUGGACCAUUUUGCCUGGGAAGAGAAGGAGGCCUUUGAGUAUACUCGAAACAUCAUAUCCACCCUCAACUUCACACUGCCUGAGGAGAAUGAGAAUGAAGAGAAUAUGAGGAAUGAAGAAGAAAGGCCACUUUACAGUUCAGACGAGCUCUUGGGUCUUGCCCCCAGAAGUUACAACUACAGUCUGGAUGUUAAAAUGGUUAUAAGUCGGCUGACAGAUGGCAGCCGCUUCCAGGAGUUUAAAGGUUGCUUUGGAACCACACUCAUCACUGGCUUUGCGAAGAUAUAUGGUCAUCUGAUAGGAAUAGUAGCCAACAAUGGAGAGUUGUCAUAUCAAGCAGCUCUGAAAGGCAGUCACUUUGUCCAACUGUGCGACCAGAGAGACGUCCCACUCCUUUUCCUCCAAAACACUGCACCAUCAGCCGCACUCACCCUCUCAGUGCCACAGGCAGAAAUUCACAGCAACCGUAUCAAGGCUCAGGGUUCUAUGAUGUCAGCAGUGGCCUGUGCAUCCGUGCCCAAAAUUACAGUAGUGAUAGGUGGUUGUCACGGUGCCGACAGCUAUGCAAUGUGUGGACGGUCUUUUGACCCAAACUUCCUGUUCCUUUGGCCCAAUGCUAGAGUGUCCAUGACGGCUGCAGGUCACGCUGGUUCUCUGCUUCAUCCCAACAGUGAGCACCAACAGGAUGACAAAGAGAUGGCAAACAAAAUGGAGCACAAUCUCAACAAGAAGUUCGAGGAGGAGAGCUCAGCUUUUUUCUCUUCUGGACGACUAUGGGACGACGGAGUCAUUCUUCCACAAGACACUCGAAGGGUUCUUCGAGAUUGCCUGGAUAUCAUUAAACAGCAGCAGUAUCAACUUUCAACAGAGAAACUACAAUCGGUACUUCUACGCAUUUAG